AGUAUUUCAACCAAGGAAUUCAAGUACUGAGGCACAACUGCUCAUGCUUCAAUCCUGCUAGUGGAAAAUGCUGAUUGUUUAUGAAUGAGUUUUUUCUGGUUUAUUGCCCUGCAAUCUUGAGUGUGCUCCAAUCGACUUCUUUGUGCUUGCCUAAAUACGGUCUUACCUUUCUUCAUAAAAUGACACGUAGUUCUUCUGCGUUGUUCGAGAAAAAUAAUUAGUCUUAUACAUCUUUCGUCAAAUAACUAUGGAGAGAGGAUUGUUAAUUGGAUAGAGUAUGCUAGAGCACUUCGUGCAGCAUUCUGUUGUCAAAGUAAAGUUGAUAGUUGUCUGAAAAAUGUUGAACGUGGCUCUUUUUUUGAAAAGAGGAACUUGCCUUUGAAUUGUUAUCUUGUGAAUCGUGAUGCGAAGCUGAGCUGUGACGAGGGCCUCCCGGCAAGGUUGUUUUCACAUCCCCUAUCCCCCUCCCUUUUUAUGGUAAAAUUUUGUUUCUGUGUACUGAUCGUAAAUUUGUAAUAGUAAAUGUAGUCAAGUUCUCAAUUUCAAAAAAAAAAAGUAGUCAAGUUCAAAAGAUCUGUCACAAACCGUGGUGUUUAAACCAAGUGUCAUACCUCAAGUAACUUUUGUUGGAGGUGAUGAUGUUUUCUGAAGCAAGUAAACUGCAACACUUGGAAUGCCUCAUGCCAAAUCCUUGUGUUUGACGCUUGGAACAUAGAACUUAGGUUUUGUGGAAUUUACUCAGAGAGAAAAUGCAAUGUGCUUGUUAUCUGACUAAUCAUGUGCCUGCAUAGAUGUCUUUUGUUGAUCACAAGCACAAAGUGGAGUCUCAAAAUUAACUAGAUUGUUCUCUUCCAGGCUCAUCAUUGUGUGUUGCAUUUAUGAUGUGAAUGUUCAUUGCAAAUCAUUUGUAUGAUAGUUUUUCCAAAAAAAAAGAAAGAAUAUGCAUGAUAUCUUGGCCUGCAACUCCCUUUUAUGUAGGAAUUGUUCAUUUGUACAUCUUAAGCAUUUCGUCUCUUUUGAUAGCAGCUGAAGAAUGUGUCAGCUCCUUAGUGGUUUCAAACUAUGGACCUUUUUGUAGUUUCUGUUUUAUGUUCUAUGUACUGAUGUGCUGCCACUUGCAUGUGUGCAGCAACAGAAACUUCAAAGGAUUUCUCGAAUAAAAAACAGAACUUUAAAGGGAUAUGACCAGAUUGAUCGGUGCUAGAUAAAGCAAUCACGUAUGGAAGAGAGCAAGAUGACCCAUUGAAACUACCAGGAAGACCAGACAGCUUGGCCUCAUUUGAAGACAGGAGCAUAUAUCCACCAUAUUAAUUUGACAAGAGCAUGUAUCCACCAUAUUAAUUUGACUACAGAGUUUGGUGUCAGGCCAAGGCCUCGGUGUAUUACUACAGAGUUUGGUGGGCAACUGGGCAUGUCAUGGGAAGGAUACAUGCCAUUCUUUCAGAUUGAACUAUUGUCACGGAUGUAGGGAUUGGGAAAAGUGACCACACAUCUUUUCCUAUACAGAAGAAACAGGCAUCAAGAGAGUUUCUCAGAACUGUAGCCCAUCUCCGUCCUCAGACAAACACUUUUGGUGCAGUAUGUUUUACUCACUGCUGUCUCCUUUUUCUUCCCUCUCUGGCAUUCGGGACUUCAAAAGUCACCAAUUCGAGUUUCUUUUUAGUUUCUUUCAGUAUAUAAAGGUGCAUAGGUUUGUUGAUCAUGAGACUGGAAAUGAUUCUUUCCUUCCAUUACUCAACCAGAAAUUGAAAUGCAACUUAUCAAGUGUCAUCCUUUAUCUAUUUGUAUGAUUUGUUCCUUACGGUAACUUACAAGUUAGUACACAAUCUGUAAAUAUGGUUGCCUCUGUAAAUUUCUAGAUUUGGCAAUGAUAUGGUCAAAGGUACUCACAAGACUGGCCACCACAUGCAUAGUAGUGUGGUUCUAUAGUAUGUAUGAAUUUCCAAGACAAGCUAUCUGGGGUUUAGUUGCAAACUUUCAUUUAUGAGGUAUCAAAUCAUAAUUGUGUUGCCUAGGUGGUCACAUAAUUUCUUACAGAUUAUUGGUUGUGGACUGUCUUACAUAUUACAAGAGCUGCAAGGAUAAUAUUAUUGUGCCCUUUUGCAAAACAAGCUUUCUACAAACAGAAAACUGAAAAGGUAUUUCCUUCUUUAGCAGUUGGAGUAUCUAUCGUGUUUAAGUGUAGCUGUUAACUAUACAAUUUUGGUGAUCCUCCCUGCAUUAGCCAAGCAAAUCGAUUUAGAAUCAGCAAAAGAGUUAUCAUAGCUGAAUGUCAAUAGAAUACAGGAUUGGAGGAUUCCUCGAAAAAAAAAGAAUACAGGAUUGGAGCAUAACACAAUAGAAGGACUAUAUACUGUAAGGUGCCAUCAACCUCAGUGCCAAGGGAAAAAGAUGGAUCAUGUAACUUGCAAUAAAGCAGCAAUCUGGCAAGAUAACUUUAUUUUAGGUCUAUCCAAUGCUUGCUUUGAGAACAUGUGUUUGCAAAAAAGUGGCCAAGAAAUAGAGAUUGUUGUUGAGGGAACUAUAAAAGAUCAAUAUAUGAAUGCAUUGCUCAGGCAAGAAAAUAAACCUUUUGAGAUAACCUGCACACUAACAAGUAUAUGCUAUGUGGGUGGUUAACUUGAUCCAAUCACAUUUUAAAUAAAGAAAUCCUAUCAGUAAUGUAUGACCUGCCAAGCUAGAGCAGGAAUAGUCCCAUGUAUAAUUUACCAGGCCUGUACCCUUAUAACCUAUAUUAGUUCCCUGGAAGUUAGCAAAAACUACAUGAGAUGCGCAAGCAAAUUGGUUAACUGGCAAUAAUUUUUCAUUGCCUUUCUUGAAUGUUAUUGUAAACAUCAAUUUUAUGAAAUCCGGUUUUGCCUUUCAUUUAGCUUGUGCAGGGACUAUCACUUUGAUGGAAGGGUCAAGGCGGUCUAAGGAACCUUUUAAAGAACUCACAAACAUAACAAUCCAAGGUACGCAAACCCCACAUCAUGUAGAUCCUAAGGAACGUGAUAGAGAGGGUAAGAGGAGAAAAGGGGAACAAGGUGCCAUUCAACACAUUCCAAACCAUCGCCAAGAUGACAGUGUACACAUGGAGGUAUAGGGGAGAUUUGGGAGAAAAUAAAGACAGACUUCAUGUGGGGACAGGUGAAUCAGAUGUAGGCACUGGUUUAAUCAAUGAUAAGGCUACUCUUGGUGAGAUGGAAGAUUUAUGCAAUCAGAGUUGUAUCAGCCCUCUAUGUGAAGGAGGUGGCACCCAAACGGACGCUCGUGACUCCCAUCCCUUCAUUGCAUCUAAUGUAUUUGGAGUGGGUAAAAAGAAAUUCAAUUUGAUUAUUUGUCAAUACCGGUUCUAUGUCUCACCCGCAAUUCAUCUUUCGCAGAAAAUAUUAGGCCAGCACCUAAUGACACUAAUGACGCUACAGGUACUCAGACACAGCCAUCUGUUGUUGACCAGCUAUAUUCAAUGCCUCCACAUGGUGGACAGGGCAGAGACACAUGCCUCUAUGGAAGAGGACGAUUGCGACGAGAAAUCAUAUUUGAGGAAGAUGAGGAAGAGGAUGAGGGGCACAAUUUUUGGAGGUCAAGAACCUGAUUAUUGGAAAGCUGAUGAGGAUGUUGAUCUCGAGACGGCUAAUGAAGAUCCCAACGAACCCGAUGUACCAGAUCCAUACGAUGCGGUUUAUGCCAAUGUCCCUAAUGAGACGCACAUGCUUAAGCCAGAGGAUAAUUGCGAGCACUGCAAUGCAAAGAAGUUCGAGUCAGAGCCACCUGGAUUCUGUUGUCAUAGUGGAAAGAUUCAUCUUUCCACCCCUGAGACACCACCAGAACUCGUGAGACUGUGGUCGAGUUCGAACGCUAAUGCUAGGCAUUUCUGUGCAAAUAUCAGAUAUUUCAAUGGCCACUUCUCUUUCACUUCUCUGUACUGUAAACUUGAUCGUGUGACUACUGACAUGAAAAACUGUGGAAUUUACACAUUCCGUGCCCAUAACCAAAUCUACCAUAACAUACGAUCAUUUGGUAAAGAGGAUGGUCACGAACCUAGACACCUCGAGCUUUAUUUUUACGACGACGAUCCGUCUCUUGAGCAUAGGCUCCGCAAGUGCCGUGAGAAGUCUGCCCAAGAAGACAGGGAGGUCAUCCAGAGGCUAAAGGAUAUCUUACAUGGCAUUAAUCCCUACUCAGAGAAUAUUAGGAGUAUAGGCCAAGUUGACAACCUUAAGGAUUACCAUGUCGAGUUGAACCUUGACCAACGGCUGGACCAGAGAACAUAUAACGUGCCAUUAACAUCAGAGAUGCGUCCUGGGAUUUUCAAUCCAAUACUAUACGACAAGCGUCUAUUCCAGCAGUUUGCUAUCGACACCUACGUCAAGAUUGAAAGCUCGCGUUUAAACUACAUCCGCAACAACCAGGACCUUCUUAAGGCUGACCUGUACCAAGGUUUGGUUGACAACUGGCGUACGAGGGUGGAAGACGCUGAUGAGGAUGAGAUCAAGAACGAGCUUUAUCCCGGCCAGAGUCCACAGGACCAUCCCGAUCUUGUAACUCGAGUGUUCAGGGCGAAGUUGGAGAAGCUCAAGAGGAUGUUGAUGGAAAAAGACAUACUUGGAAAGAUCACGUGCCCCGAGCAGUAUGACUUGCUUAUCUCUGCUGAGCUACCAAACAAGAAGAAGUACCCUGACCUCUACAAGAUGCCUGCAAAAGUCAAAGAAUUUAUUGAUCGAGUAAUCAACAUUGCACUACAUGACAUUGCCAUACCACUAUCAGAAUACCAUCUUGAAAAUUCAGUUAUACAGAUUGUUUUGGAGAAUUAUCAGAAUAAAAGUUCUUUUGCUGGUCUUGAGCAUUUUAAGCUCCUGGCAUCGUCGGACCCUGAGAUAGUUGUAGCAGCUUUGGAAAUUCUUGCUGCAUUGGAUGGGGCAGCAAGGAGGAAGGUCUAG